UGUCUUGUCUCUGUUGGCUUGGUCUGAGACUCGUGAUUUAGGGAAAAACAAUUCACCGAAACCCUUUUCAGUUUUCUCAGUUGCCAAGCAAAGCAGAGAAGAAUGGCUGAGAACUCGUCGUCGUCGUCGCCGAAGCCAAUUCAACAAUCCAACGCGAUCGAAUCAAUGUCUCAAAACCUAGCCAUGCCCUCACCGUCCAACAUCUCCCAGUCCCCAUCGAUUGACAUGCCCCAAAUCUCGUCGCCCCAAAUCCCCUUAACCCCUUCUCAGCAACCGCAGAUCACGUCGUCUACAGUUUCGUUACAGCAGCAGCAGCAGCAGCAAAUGCUGCAGCAACCGCAGAGCAAUUCGAUGGCGGCGUCGAAUUUCCAGAUGCAGCAGAGCUUGCAAAGGACGCCGUCGAUGCCAAGGAUGAAUCAGAUGCAGCAGCAGUACAGCGUGGCGGCGGCUGCAGCUGCGGCUGCGGCGGGGCGGCAGCAGCAGGCGGGAAUUUAUGGGCAGAUGAACUUCGUUGGUGGCGGACUUGCUCAGCAACCGCAGCAACAGCAGCAAAAUCAGCAGCAACAACAGAUGGGAAGCGGCAAUCUGGCGAGGUCGGCAUUGUUGGGGCAGACUGGCCAACUGCCUAUGUUGCCCGCCCAAGCUGCAGCGUCCACGUCAGCUGCUGCCCAGUUUAGUUUGCAACCGCAGUUGUUAGCAUCAGUAGCAUCGCCUAGGCAGAAGACUGGGUUAAUGCAAGGAUCCCAGUUCCACGCAGUUAAUUCGGCCGGGCAAGCACUCCAGGGAAUGCAAACAAUGGGAAUAAUGGGACCUCUCAACUUGAGCUCCCAAAUUAGAGCAAAUGGGUCCCUUCCAUAUGCCCAACGGAUGAACCAGGGGCAAAUGAGACAGCAAUUGUCACAACAAAAUCCACUCACGUCAGCUCAGAAACUACAGGGACAAGGCCUAACAAGGGCCUCUUUUAUGAACCCUCAAUUAUCUGGGUUGGCACAGAAUGGGCAAUCGUCUUUGAUGCAGAACUCCUUGUCUCAGCAACAAUGGCUGAAGCAAAUACCGGCGAUGUCUAAUCCUAAUUCUCCUUCAUAUCGUCUUCAACAACAAAGGCAACAACAACUACUUUUGCAGCAGCACCUAGCUUCAUCCUCUCAGUUGCAGCAAAAUUCUAUGGCAUUAAACCCACAGCAAUUCUCCCAGCUUGUACAGCAGCAGCAGCCAAUGGUGCAUCCACAACUCAAUCAGCAGCAACAACACCACCAACACCAACACCAACACCAACAACAACAACAACAACAACAACAACAACAGCAGCAGCAGCAGCAGCAGCAGCAACUUUUGAAUCAACAACUGCAGCAAUCUCCAAGGAGGGCAGUGCCUGCUGGCCAAAAAUCUCUAAGUUUGACAGGAUCGCAGCCAGAUGCUACUGGAUCUGGAACGACGACACCAGGGGGGAGUUCAAGCCUGGGAACUGAAGCAAGCAAUCAACUUCUUGGGAAGCGAAAGAUUCAGGAUUUGGUUUCACAGGUGGAUCCAAAUGGGAAGCUGGAUCCUGAAGUUGAAGAUCUCCUUUUGGAGCUUGCUGAUGAUUUCAUUGAUUCGGUAACUACAUUUGCUUGCAGCUUGGCAAAGCAUCGCAAUUCUUCAACUCUAGAAGCCAAAGAUGUGUUGCUGCACCUAGAGAAAAACUGGAAUUUGACUGUUCCUGGUUUCUCAAGUGAAGAGAGAAAAUAUCAACACAAUCAGCCAUCAAGUGAUCUUCACAAGAAGCGUCUUGACUUGAUACACUCGAUGAUGGAGUCCUCCCACUCAGAAGCAAAUGUUAGUAGUGCUAAAGAGACACCUGGGCAGGGGGUCAUUGACCCAGCUAAUACCAACCAGCCAAUGAGACCUUCCCCAAGUUCUGAUCAGUUGGCUUCACAACCCAAUACUUCUCAAAUCCUGCAGCAAAUAACUCGAUUUUGAGAAGUAUGUUUUCAUUUUCAUCCGGUCGCAUUGCUGGAUGGGUGGAAAGCAUCCAUCAGAGACUGGACCAUUAGCUUGCUGCUCUAUCUCCAAUUGGGUGGACCUAAUUUGCCCUUGAAUGUUGCUGCUGGUAUAUUAUUCAGAUGGAUGUCUUUAGUCUCAGAGCACCCUAUACACAUGAUCUCAUACGAAAGGAUGGAAAAAUGCUAUCUCAGUUCUUUUGUGUGUCCAAAGGUAAAAUUAUGAACCGAGGUUCUACCAACCAGCCAGAAUGUGACUUAGGAUAAUGCAGUAUUGCAUCUACACAACAUUAUAGAUGGUUCUGAAGUCUCUGUAAAUAGUUUUUUAAAAUGGUUUGGAACAAAUAGUCUCUUUUUUUUUGGUUAAGUAAAUGAAUAGGCUCUUCAUCCUGACAGAAUGAUAUUCAGGUUGCAUAUUUUCUAAUGCUCUUUGAUUAUGAUUUAUUGUUCAUUUGGAUGUCACAAUACAAUAUUCCUGAAAUGGGAAGACAUGAAAUCCUAGGUUUCUAAUAGGGGGGUUUUAAGGAUUAAAA